UUCGGUUACAAUUUUCGCUGUAUGUUUGAUAAAAGUAUAGCCACAACUGUACUCUUCUCGUCUUGGGCCCAGCAUUUCAAGUGCAGGCAUUUUGUCUUGAACAUAACGCUGGAGAUUAUAUUGGGGGGUUUUAAGCAGGCGGAUAAUUUUGCACACUAUCGAUCGACUCGAUAUUUUAACGGCUCUAAAGUUGAACUCUGCUAGAGAAGGCUUUCCGCUAGUUUGCUAACGUGUUUAGCGGCGCGGGAUUGUUGAGCAGGUUCAUACUGUUGUGAAGGAGUGUUUCGUUAACUCGUGUCUGCCCAAGACGGCAGUUUUACAACUAUAAAAAGCAGUGAUUCCUGCAUUGUGCUCGUCUAAUUUACCCCCUCAAUGACAUAAUUUGGAGUAUCGACUUUUAUCUGUUUAAAGGCGUAUGAGAUAAUAUUGUAAACUCUGGAAUAUUGAAUAAUGGCAGAAGAAGGAAAUAACAAAAUCGAAGAGGAUGUAAAAAGUGAUGCUAAAGAUGGAAAAGAUACUAAAGAAAAUGAGAAAAAUAACAAAAGUCCAACAAAAAACAUGACAGAAGAUAAAAAGUCCCCUCCGAAAAAAGCACAGAACAGAUCUUCAAAAAAUGUCACAUGUACUGUAGUAUUGUUAGAUGGAGAAAGUAUUGAAGUAGCUAUUCCGAAAGGUGCGGUUGGUCAAGUUUUAUUCGAAAAAGUAUGUGAUCAUUUAGAUUUGUUAGAAAGGGAUUAUUUCGGAUUAACAUACACAGAUGACAGGGACUCUGCACAUAUAAAGUUUUGGUUAAAUGUGGAAAAGAAAAUUUCAAAACAGAAAAAACGUGGAGCUUGGGUAUUUGAAUUUGCAGUCAAAUUUUAUCCACCAGAUCCCACACAACUUCAAGAACAUUUAACAAGGUUUUUAGUCUGUUUACAAAUUAGAAGAGAUAUUUUAAGCGGAAGGUUACCGUGUUCUUUCAUCACACAUGCUAUGUUAGGAUCAUAUAGUGUACAAGCAGACAGAGGAGACUACGACCCAUUGGAACACGGACAUGGUUAUGAUUAUAUUAAAGAAAUGCCCUUUGCUCCUAACCAGACGCCGGAAAUGUUAGAAAAAAUAGCAGAAUUACACAGACAACAUAAGGGUCAGACACCAGAGGAAGCUGAUGUACAUUUCUUAGAAAAUGCUAAGAAAUUAGCAAUGUAUGGUGUAGAUCUUCAUAAAGCUAAGGACUCCGAGGGGGUUGACAUAAUGUUGGGUGUUUGUGCCAGCGGUUUAUUAGUAUAUAGAGAUAAAUUAAGGAUUAACAGAUUUGUCUGGCCUAAAAUUCUUAAAAUAUCUUAUAAAAGAAACAACUUUUAUAUAAAAAUCAGACCUAGUGAGUUUGAAAGAUAUGAGAGCACAAUAGGUUUUAAAUUAGAAAAUCAUCGAUAUGCCAAAAGAUUAUGGAAGACGUGUGUGGAACAUCAUGCUUUCUUCAGAUUAAGAGAGCCAGAACAACCUAAAAAUAAUGCAGUAUUUCCUCGUCUUGGUUCCAAGUUUCGAUACUCUGGAAGAACAUUGUAUCAAACAAAACACACGGCAGCACUUCUUGAUAGAAAUGAACCAGCGUUUGAACGUGUUCCUCGACGAGCCACAUACCAAGACAGAAGUCGCAGUAUGGAUGAUGUUGGUCCAAGGAAGAACAGAGAUGGGUAUGGUGGUUAUGCGGAUGGCGAGGAUUAUGACAACAAAUAUCCUGGCGAUCGUAGUCCUAGGAAUAAUAAAGAUGGUCGCACAUUUUCAGAUAGUGAUAAUUAUGAUAAUAAAUAUCCUGAUGGCCGUAAUAAGAGAGAUACGUUUCAUGGAGUACCAACACCUUUCGCAAAAGCUGGUAUGACAGACUCUUUAAAUGACUAUAAUCCUGAAGAUGGCAAAACUAGAUAUAAUGACAGGUCAUUUGAUAAGGAUAAGUCAUUAAGAGAAGGAGAAGAUGGUCGAUUAUAUAAGGAUGGUGAAGAUGCUUAUGCUAAAAGUCGACCUGGUUAUUCACCAGAUGGUAAAGCAUUAGAUAGUGCUGAGAUGCGAUUACAAGAAAAGCAAAGGCGUUUCGAUGACAGUGCUGAUAUAAGAGACCGAGCGCCAGGAGAAGGGGAUGUGACAUUAACAAGAGAGGGUCACAUACCAGAUGAAGCAACGUUAGGCGUUCAAGCAGGUAAUAUCUCCUUGCCACCUAAAGGAAAACGUACAAAAGAAGAAGAAAAGAAAUUCAAAGAAGCUGAAAAAGAAAGAAAGAAGAAAGAAAAGGAAGAAGAAAAGCGUCGUAAAAAGGAAGAAAAAGAUAAAAAGAAGGGUGGUAAAGGCAAAGAAUCAGAAAAGAUUGCUUUAGCAGAAUUAAAUGUGUCAGAAGAUAUUCGAGAUCAACGUGAAGGAGAUAGUGCUACAGAACGUGCAAGACAAGGAGUUGACCCAGGAUCAGUUGGCCUUGAAAGGGAAGAAGUUAGACUCUCGACUUUUGGAAGACCUGGAUCAACCUCUGACAAGGAGGAUGAUAUUGAAAAAGAUAAAAACAAGAAGAACAAAGGAAAAGAUAAAAAUAAGAAUAAACACGAUAAGGACAAACAUGAUAAGGAUCACGCCGAUAAGGAAAAGAAAGGAGGGUUAUUUGGUAAAUUGAAAAAGGAUUCCAAAUCGAAACUGCCAUCUGAUUCGGAUGCAUCUGACAUCGACGCUCAUGGUGUACGAGGUGGUGCUUCCUCACCAGACAAUCAGGACAUCGUUAGAAGAGAUAGAAAUGAUCCAAAUGCUUCUCAACCAAACAAGAAACCUAAAAGUGAUAAGGGUAUUAAGUCGAGUAUUAUGGCGGGAUUAUGUGCAGGAAGAUCGCCUAAAAAGGAAUCCAGGCACAAUUCUGUAUCGUCACACAAGUCUAAUUCGGAAGAAGAUGAAGAAUAUCGUCCUAGCUCAGAUAUAGUUGAGUCUGACAAAGAUACAACAGAAACUAUAUCAAAAUCUGUUGUCAUAAAUAGUCCUAUUCCCAUUACUGUCACAGAUGUUAAUCAAAUCGAAACUGAAAUUGAAACAUCUGUUGAUGGUCCAAGUGAUGAAGAUGUUCUUGAUAGCGAUGUAAUAAUGCCUAGUGUUGUUAGGGAAUUACAGGCUGAUGUUGGUUAUGGUGUGGGUGCUGGUGUGGGUGCUGGAGCAGGAGCAGGAGCAGGUGGUUUAAGUGCAGGAGGAGAUGAAAGUUUUGUUGACAAUAAAAUGUCCUUCAUACCUGUCACACCUGCAGACACAGCAAAGAAGUCUGGCGGUUCCAUGAAGACUGGCUUAGAUUUAAAUGACAGUAGCACAAUGCCUUUCUUCCAACCCAACGCUACAAGUACAGUAGGUCGUAAAGUUCCACCCCCAGUUCCACCAAAGGGAAGAGGAGGUGGAGAUGCCGAUGACAGAAAUUCCAGAGUUUCAACUGACAUUCCACCUACAGUUGCUACGGAAAGCUAUCAUUACAACCCAGACUUGGAUGAAGCGCCAGUUUCCACUAAGAAUGUUCCCAUAGUGAAAACCGAGACUCGUACUGUAACUUAUGAAAAAGAAGGCUACCCUAACAACAACUAUGAUUUCGAUGAUGUAUUAAUUAGUUCACAGGCUCACAGUUCCAGAACGCAAACUAUCGAAACUACCACUUAUAAAACAGAGAAGGGUGGAAUUAGUGAGACACGAGUUGAAAGAAAAGUUGUUAUUCAGAGUGAAGAAGAUGAUUUCGAUCAUGAUUCAGCACUUGCUGAGGCUAUUAGAGCUGUUACAGAACUAGAUCCAAAUAUGUCUGUAGAAAGAAUUGAAUGUAUGAGGGAAGUGGAAGAAGUGAAUGAUGACAGACGCAGAUAAGAAGGAUCUGCAUGUAAUUAAAGUGCUGUGGAAUUCUACUGUAUAUCCAUCCCUCCUCAAAUCUUUCAUAUUGUGCUAAGCAAAGUGUGUCGCUAUCAUUUCGCCUCAUAUAUACCCAUGUAGAUAGGGACUUUUGUUAUAUCGUGUAUGAAAAUAAACCGCAAAUAAUUGUAUAUUAGUAAGAGCUAUUUUGUAAUAGUUUGAUGUGAAUAUUGGCAUUAUGUAAGUUCAUGUUGUGGAGUUGAAGACCAACCAUUAAUGGUCCUCGAUGAAACCAAUAGCACAUUGAUCUUUGUUUAUUAGACUUUGUAUUAUGAACUUCAGUAAAUAUAUAUAUAUUAUAUCAACAUGAAUAGCAUUGGCUUAUAUCUUAUAUCGUAAGCUCUUAUUUUGUUAACAAAAAAAAAAAUCAUAAUUUCGUUAUUUGCAUAGCUGUUCUUUGAAUCAUUAAUUGGCAGAUGGUAAUGAUAUAAAUUUGAAAUGGAGUGUUGAAAGCAAUCUGUAUUUUAUCUAUACAAAAAAGGCAGCAGCUUAAUUCUGCCUUAUUUUUAACAUUGUGUGUAAAAAGGAAAGUUUGUCGCCAUUUAUUUCAAAUCCAUUAUUUUUGUUGGGGAUUAGAGGACCAACUUUUUUAUGAAUUGUUGUUUAUAACUGAAUUACGAUGUGUUUCAAACUUUUUCCGCAUUAGCAUUUAUCACACGAACUUAGAAGAAAAUUGUAGAAUGCUUAAUCGUUUUGUAUAUUAGUAUUUUUGGCAAUUCUACAAUUUUUAUAUAAUUUCGCCUUUUUAACUUGCCAUUUUAGAGAAAAGUCAAGAAAAUUUGCAUCGACUAUCAACACAUCAUUUUGUAGUCUUGCUUUUUAAGUCGUAUAGAACUAAAUCAAAUAUGGAGAUGGCAAUAGUUAUGUUUUUGUGUAGAUGAAUACACACUAAAAUUCUAAAAGAUGUAUCAUUUUUAUUAUUGUUUAUUUAAAUUGAUUGUAAUGUUUUUCUUUGUAAUAUUCAUAUGGCUGCCAUAUAUAUUGUUGAAGAAAUGCCUGUUUUUUCAAAUAAUGUUGCUUAGAAUAGAAUAAAUAGAAUUUUAUCUGGCUUAUAAUUCACCAACUGUAUAUUUUUCAAAAUGUAUUUCAUUCGGACACUUUUCACAUUUUAAUCCUAAAGUUUUUAACUGUACUAUUGCGUCAUGAUUUAUUAGGAAUGUUUGUACUAUAAAUACAAUUAACAAUGCUUUAUAUUAAGAAACUGUUAUUAUAUUGGAAAUAAAAUUGUUUAAAGUGUUAGUUGGUAUAAAAACCAUAGUAAAUAAUAAAUUAUAUAUUCAAUGCCUUGCUCUAUAUUAUUAUGACAUGAUUUUAAUUCACGUUUUAUUUUUGUUAACAUAGUUUUUAAAAUUAGAGGUCAAAACCACACUAUACUUAUUAUCAUGCUACAGAUUAUUUUCUGUAAUCAAUUUAAUUGGUAUAGUCUAAGUAGAGAAAUAUAUUAUCCCCUAAUAGAUUUAAUUACGUUUUUAAUUUGUAUAAAAUUCAUUUGUUGCUCAUUCAAGAUGGAAGAUUUUGUUCACUUUGCUUUUCUUUUUAGUUGGGUUUCAGAUCAAAUAGCUGCUCAUUUCUGUAAAUCAUGAAUAAACACAUCUUUAUAAA